UAGGUGAGAUACAAGAAAAUUUGCAGGCGGUGUUUCACACCACCCAGCAAGAGGUGUACCAAGAAUGCUUCCGGAAGUGUAAGUGACGUUGUGAGCGGUGUAUCAAUUGUGGAGGAGAGUAUUUUGAAGGAGACCAUGCACAAUAAGUAAAAGGUAAGCGUUGACGAAAUUUUAUGAACACAAUUCCUGAGGUUUUUGAACAGAUCUUGUAUAGGUCGGCAGUAGCACUGACGACAGCUGACUUCUGUAGCGACCAAACAGUUAACCGAACAGUGCGAAACUCAGUCCCUGUAUUCUCAGUCUGUGAUUUUCUCUUUUAUUGAGCAGUGUGCUGCUACGUCAUGGAUAAAAAACAGUGACGAAGUUGAAAAACAAAGGAAAGUGAAACGUUAUUCAGGAAGUGUACGAAAAUUCACAUAUGGAGUAUGCUGGUAUUGCGCGAAAACGGACUUGAAGUUAGCGGGGCUCACAACUCUUAAUGUCAAGCCGCAGAGGACGUCAUACUCAGUGAGUAGGCCUAUUCAAGACCUGAAAAUGAUGGCAAUAUAUUUGAGUAUUGUCAAAUAUGUUACACAUUCUGUUUGUGUUUGCACUCCGGUCACAUAGCGGGAGAUUCAGAUUUUAUGCCUGGGAGCAUAUGUAUGAGCUUUUGUCUGACAAAGGGAGUUCAUGGACCGAGCAUGUUCGAUUUUCUUUACGUAUAUUUAUUGGAUUUGAAAGUCUGUACGCAGACAUCAGUUUCCUAAAGCAGUGCGACAAAAAGAAAAACGUAAAAAAGUAGCCUCCAAAAAUGAGAUGAUACUCAACCAAAGUAAUUGCAAAACACUUUGCACGUCUCCAGUCAAUGCCACCUAGGAACAAGGAGCCUAAGACGUCACGGGCAGGGAUCUGAGAAGCUAGGUACCGACACACGUGAUUCGAAGCAUUUCCACAUUGUACUUUGUGCUGAUUGUGAGUGGCUAUUUGAUCUAUACUCAGUUACAAUGCCCCAAAUGUGUUGUAUGCCGAAUUGCAGGGGCAAUUACGAUAAUGGACCUAAAGUCAGUGUAUUUUAUUUUCCAUCUGAUGAGAAUUUAAGACGAAAAUGGUUAUCGGCUGUUGACAGACAAGACUGGACACCGAGUAAGCACUCUGUUGUAAGUAUCAGUGUGUGUGUUUGGUUAGUGUGACGUCGUUACUUGAAAUGUAGUCCAGCUGAACAAAAUACAGUAAACAGAAGACUGUAUUUAUAAUCUCAUACAUCAUUAAUUUUCAUUAUAUGUUUUAAAGAGAACUGUAUGCUUGUUUUUAGAUAUGUGAACUGCAAUUCAAUAAAGAUGAUAUUUUAAGCAGUACCAGCAUGUAUGACCCGAAAACUGGUACACUCUUGACAGCACCGUUGGAUCGUCGACGCUAGAGAAAAAAUGCUAUCCCAUCGAAGUUGCCUGGAUGCUUAUCUUGUCGAGUCAUCAAACUGCAGUACGAGAGGACCGAGAAAUUCGUAGGGGGCGUUUAGAAAAUCGUGCUCUUCAAAUUGCUAUCCAAGAGAGUGUGGACACACUUGCGAAAAUGGUUGAUGCGAUAUCGUUCGAUAGUUUAGAACAACUGAAAACGAAGUUGAGUGAAUGUAAAAAGCACAGUGACUGGGUAGUGAUGAACAAAUCUGACAGUGUGAGCCUAGUGUUACUAAAGCAUAAUCCUUACCCAAAAAUUUUUUGCCAAGUAGUUAUAAGCAGUGGUUUAUUACUCAGUGUCUUCAGUAAUGAUAUUGAAAUGAAAUGUAUUGGAAACAUGAAAUUUCCCAUGAAAGUAAACAACAUACAGGUGGUAAGUGAUGUUCUUAAGAACAUUUACCUUCUGUAUAGUAGUUCUGAGGCUCCUGUAGAUAACAUUUUGUCUUUAAUUGACCAGUUAUUGCAAAAUUUAUUAGAAAAGUUGCCAGGAAACGAAACUAAAAUUACAUUUUUGAAGGAACAGAUUUCAUUUUUGAAGUGCAGAAGUUCAACUCAAUUUAGGUAUGAUACUAACUCUAUGAUAAUGUGGUCAUUAUUACAUUCUAUUAGCCAACAUGCUGACAAAUUUUUGAGGAACAGUGAUAGUUUUUGUAUGCCUAGUCCUAACACCCUUUCAAGGCUUUGUAGUACACUCUCAACAAAUCCUGUCAUUGAGCAACAGGGUGAUCAGUUUAUGAGCUACAUCACAAAUAAAGUAAGUACUUUAUCCUCAGACGAUAAAACUGUGCUCCUGUUGAUGGAUGAAAUUCAUCUGAAGUCUCAGCUUGAUUACAACGCUGGAAAUGUUGUAGGAUGUGCCUUUAACACUGACAGAUUUUUGUGUGCAACCAGUGCCUAUGUUUUUAUGGUUCAGAGCAUGGAAUCACCUUACAAAGAUGUGGUAUCUAUUCUGCCAGUUCAUACUAUUCAGGGUGACGUUCUGUUCUCUUACAUUAAAACAGUCAUUCUUAAAUUACAAGCAGUUGAAAUUGAGGUGGUUGGUAUUGUAGCAGACAAUAAUGCAAUUAAUAAGAAAGUAGUGUCUAAGUUUUCUACUCCUCCAGAUGUGAAAAUAAAGUAUGAUCACCCUGUACAAUCUUCUCCAAAUCGCCCAUUGUAUUAUUUUUUGGACACUGUCCAUAUUUUGAAGUGUAUCUGCAAUAACUGGUUUAAACAAAAGGAGCAGAUCUUGUGUUUUCUUGACUUCAGUGACAGUUUGAAGGGAGGUUUGUCAUCUGUUGGAGCACUGAAAGAAUUACACUUAAUAGAAAAAGAUGAACUGCUGCAAUAUGGCAGUUCCUUAACUUUGAAGUCUCUAUUUCCUAACUCAAUUGAGCGCCAAAAUGUCAAGUUAGUAUUGCGUAUUUUCAAUGAUACGACAGUUGUUGCUUUGGACACAUUUGGUUCAAAGAAAGCAAUUAGCAACUGGGAAAGUGAGAUGGGUAAGCAGCAUAUCGAUUCUGACAAGGAUGGCACACCAAAUUGGGUCAGUGAAAUGGCCCUAGCUGAAGAGAUACUGAGGCAGCAUUACGUAGCGCUGUUUGAGGAGUGUGACUUCCCUGAAGGGUUGGUAGAAACACUGGACAACAUUGAUGAGCUGCUCACACUGUGGACCCUGAGCAGGAAAGAGGUGGAAAAGCUGUUGCGUGAAGCUCUUGUGACUGUGGAUGCAGCCUCAUGGAGAAAAAAAGUAGAGCACGUCGAGAAGCUUAUACGAGCAGCCCAGACAAUAGAAGGCAUUAUCAGUGCCCAUGAACAAUUAAUGAUUUGUCUUGCUGAUGACGACGAUGAAGACGGUUUUGGCGAUGAGUCGGACAACAGUGACGAUGGCGAGCUGGAUGGAAUUGCGCCAUUAUCGCUGUAA